AUGACGACUACCAGUGAGAGGACGCCGCUGCUGGCUCGGGUGAGCUCUGGCGACAAGGCCAGCAGCAAGACGAAGACGCUGGCAUCGUGGCUGUUCUGCGAGGAGCAUCGCAUCUUGUUCGCCGGGUUCUUGAUCACCUUUGCCUUUAGUGUUACCCAGGUCCCAAUAUUCUAUGCCUUCCACAUCAUGGUGUGCGAUGUCUACUUUGACAGCCACCCACCGUACCACGGCCACGGCGACAGAUGCAGCAUCAACCCCGUGACGGCCACCACAUCAUGGCAGUAUAGCAUCAUGGGCAUGAGCACGACCUUUUGCGGCGUCCUGAAUCUGUUCAUCGCGGGGUGGACGGUCAAGAAGAUUGGCCCCAGGGCGGCCCUGCUGAUCCAGACGUGCGUCCCCGUCAUCCGCCUCGUGGUCCAGAUCACCGGCCUCACCAUCGGCAAGGAGCUGGGCAUGCUGAUGAUGCAGCUGAGCCAGAGCAUCACCAUUGUCGGCGGGCCGGUGGGCUACGUGCUCAUCAUCAACAUCAUCGUGGGUGAGGUGGUCGAGCCCAUCCGGCGCACGGCUGUCUUUGGCCAACUGCAGGGCUGUCUGAUGCUCGGAAACGGCGUCGGAGUACUGCUCGGUGGCGUGGUGGGCGACGCCAUUGAGAUCCGUGCCCCGUUCUGCAUCGCCUUUGUGUCGUUUCUCCUCGCCUCGACGUUUGCCCGGUUCACGCUGCCCUACAUCUCUGUCGAGUCCAUGUCGGACGGCAAGCAGCGCGCCAACGCCGGCCUGCUCGCCCCUCUCCGGGUCCUCAAGCCCCAGGGGCUGCGCCUUCCGAGCGGCGCGAAGAGGAAGCACUAUGGUGUCAUCUUCCUCUGCACAGGCAUCUUUGUCGGCGUGAUUGCCACAGACUACGCCCCCUUUCUCAUCCAGAUGUACGCCACAGCCAUGUUCGACUUUACCCAGGCCGACAAUGGCCCUCUCAUGGCAGGCUUCUCGUUCAUGAGGAGCUUCUUCCUCAUCUUCAUCUUCCCCCGCAUCAUCACGUUUGGACGUGACGUGUGGGCCGGGCGCGCCAACAAGGGCCCUGCGCGGGAGCCGAGCGAGGCAGACGAGAUUCCCACGUCUCCUGGACAGAUGGACGCCCCGACGGCGGCGGCUGAGCAGGCAGAUGUCAUUCAUCCGACUGAUCCCGCUGCACCGAGGGAGACGUGGAGCGGAUACCACUUUGACCUCUUCUUCUUGCGGGGGAGUCUCCUCGUGGAUGGGCUGCUCACCACGCUUACCGCCUUUGCGACCGAGUGGUGGCACAUUUACCUUGCGGCCUUCCUUCUGCCAUUCGGCUCUGGCACGGCCCCAGCUGCCAAAGGCGUCAUCACGCAAAUGUGUCCCGAGUCGCAGCGCGCAGACGCGCUCAACGCUGUCACGCUCAUCGAGAACAUUGCGCGGAUGGUGACGCAGGGCCUGUUUGGGUUCAUCUUUGCGAGCCUGGCGACGAUCGGCAAGGCGUACACGACCUUCUUCGUCAACGCGGCCAUUGCCAUUGUCGGGCUGCUGGUGCUGCUGCUGUCGCACUUCCCGCCGGCUGGGAGUGAGCUCGUCGACGAGGCCAGCGAGGAGGACGAGGGGGGCGAGGAGGAUGAGCGGGCGCCCCUCGCACGGACAUGA